AUGCGAGCAUCCAUCGUCAGCACCCUUAGCCGUCGCUGGCUUGUCCGUCUCCAAACCCAACCACCGUCGACCCAAGCAGUCGGCGAGAUUCCCCUAGGGGCCCUAUACAGCGAACUUCACACAGACCCACCACCAUGGUCUUCUCCGCUUAACCAGCCCGCUUACCCAGCGGAUCACAACAACAACCCACCAGAUCAUCCUUACCCGAGCUCACCCGUCAACUUUACCAAGUUGACUUCUCACGCUUCAAGCAACCCCCACCAUUCAGCCACCUUGACGUCCUACCCAGGCCGUCCUCAACCUUCGCCAUCAUGGCCGCAAUCGAUCAAUGCCCCGCUCAAUUCCUCGAGCAAUACCCACCUCAACAAGCACAGCUCCAACGCCUCACCGCUUGUAGUGGCUCCCUCCCCAUCACCGACACCUAGCACCCUCGACAUCAUUCAACAGUUGUUGAACAAUCAUCAAAAUCGCGAUUUUAGCAAGUCCUCAGCCAGCCUAGUUGGUCAUCAGCAAGGUUCUACGUCUGGCCAGACCUCGCAGCUCCCGCCGCACGCGUCGCAUCAGCACCAGCAACAAGCAAACUUGCAGCCUCUUCCGUCGUAUCUCAAUCGACCGUACGCGAGGUCUCAAACCAACUCGUUCAAGCUACCGCAACACAGACAGCGUUCCCUGCAGGUGCCCCAACAGACGUCGCACCAACCUCGUUCGGCCCCACCGACUUCCGACUCUGCCCGUUUCCCUCAGAACGUCCAGAACCUCGACCAAGCCCAGUAUCAACGACUUUUACUCCAAGCCUUCGCUUCCGUGCCGUCCAAUUCUGCAUCUCAGUCUCACGUUUCAGCUUCGUCUCCGUACUUCUUGGCUCCUCUUCCGCCCCACCUCGCUCGCGCCAUCCACACCAUGACCACUUCUACACCUGCUCAAGUGACUUCGAGCCCGGCCAUCGCUGAUAUUUCCAACCCUGCAACUAAGUCUAUCGAAGACGAAAGCUUCAGCUUGGGACCCAUGUCAGCCGAUGAUCCCGCGUGGCUUGGCCACGGUCUUGGCCGCCCCGAGGACGACUUUUUCAGCUCUCCAGAGUGGACCGACCCUUCGCCAGCCUUGACUUCCUCAUUGUCGUUCGAUGCCCACUCUUCCUACGACCCCAGCCCGCUUUUGGCCGACAACUACGAGGGGGAGCUGCCAGAAUUAGCUGGCUUUCCCCUGUUCGGGCCUGCACCUCCCGACGCGUCUUCGUCCACGGACGGUAGUGCUCAGGUUAGCCCGGUUCAAGCCCUUCAGCGGGAGUUUGCAGCCCACAUGAGUGCAGACGCAGACUUUACUCUCUUUCCAGAAAGUGAGGCCUCGGCAGCCUCUCCCGGCCGACGUUCGCAGAUGGCCUUCAGCCGCGAGGUGGAAGACCCUGCCUUGAAGCUCUUGCGUGCCUUGAGCUCCAGCGCAUUGCCGACGGUUUCGCCUGAAGCAUCUGCUGCUGCUGCGCCAACUGCUUGUGCGUCUCCGCAGGAGAUCUCGCUGGAUCGCAGCAGAUCGACGCCGACGCCAGAAGUGAGCUUCAAUCAGUUGGCUAGCAGCUCCAGCACGAGCGGUCGCGAAGGGUCUGCUUUGGAGAGACGUGGUGUCAAGCGUCGUUCUCAGGCCGAGCUCUUGCCGAUGGAUGCACCUAUCCAGUCGCGCAAGUACUCGGCUCCUUCUGCCACCUCGCGCAGGGAUGCCUUUCUGGAGGAAGAGGCUGCGAUCGCAGCAGAAACGGAUGCGGUCAAGGCUAAGCGUAUGUCCAAUACACUCAGUGCUCGUCGUAGCCGUUUGAGAAAGCAGAAGGAGCAGCAAGCGUUCACGGACAGGAUCACAGAGCUCGAGGAAGAAGUAGCGAUGUGGAAGCGAAGAUGCUUAGCAGCCGAAGCAGGCCGGCUUUCGGAUGCAGACGCAGAGGGCAGCGAUGAUGCUUGAGUGGCCAUUCGCUCCUAGACAACCAAAUGACCCAUGUUGCCAUCCCCCAAAAAUUGACGCGCCGGGCGUGUCGCUUCUAUUCAGUGUUCCCCGUCCCUUCUUGAGAGAUGAGCUACGAACCGUGUACCUUUAGUAGUUCAGUUCGCGCUUUUUUUGAAUCCAAGUGUUCAUUCUUCUGCGUCGAAUAUGAACGAGCGAUUCGCGACCUUUGCGUAUGGGAAUGAAUGGUCAUGAUUUGAUUCUG